UGACUGACUGUGCACAUCACCGGCUUGUUUUCCUCUGUCAAAACAACUCCUGUCACGUGACCGCCUGACGUACAGUCCUCCACUCUGCGCUGAUGCAGGGGGGUUUCCAUCAUGGCGUCGAUGCAGAAAAGGCUACAAAAGGAGUUAUUAGCCCUGCAAAAUGAUCCACCCCCAGGAAUGACGCUGAACGAGAAAAGUGUACAGAACACCAUCACACAGUGGAUUGUAGACAUGGAGGGAGCGCCUGGCACGCUGUAUGAAGGAGAGAAAUUUCAGCUGCUUUUCAAAUUUAGUAGUCGAUAUCCUUUUGAUUCACCUCAGGUAAUGUUCACAGGAGAGAAUAUACCUGUCCACCCUCACGUGUAUAGUAACGGUCACAUCUGUCUAUCUAUCCUAACGGAAGAUUGGUCGCCAGCCCUCUCAGUGCAAUCAGUUUGUCUUAGCAUUAUCAGCAUGUUGUCCAGCUGCAAAGAAAAGAGACGACCGCCUGAUAACUCGUUUUAUGUAAGAACGUGUAACAAAAAUCCAAAGAAGACAAAAUGGUGGUAUCAUGAUGAUACAUGCUAAUGUACAAACUUUGUAAUAAUCGUAGAAGAGAGAAGUCCUACUGACCUACGUAAAGCACUUUUUAAUCAUUCAGUCUUUGAACUCUGACCUUUGACUGGAACAAUGGACACCACGCGCUGGAGGCUCUUGACUGCAUUUCCCCCCCGCCUGCGGGCAGUUGGAUGCAUGUUUCAGUCGGUUGUAAAAUAAAGAACGAAAAUACCGGAACGUUUUAGAGAUGCACCCAGGACAGGCUGUUUUUUGGCAAAAAGCUAGUGAUGCAGCGAGCGGGCAAGCAAGGUGGAUUUGUAGUGAGAUAAUUAUAAUUCCUGUUUUAAGAUUAUUACUGUUACUUUUUUGUUUCGUGUGGGUGCAUUUUAAGGUCCUUGUGUUGUGCAAUAAUAACUGAUGGAUGCAUGCUUGGGCCUACAAAGAGAAAUCCAAAUCUAAUCGUUUUCUGGAAGGGAUCUGACCAUCGUAACCCCAAGAAAAUGCUUCAUCUGUUUGUUUGUUCUUUUCUAAUUAUAUGCACUGUGAAAGUAUCUAGAUUAUCAAGGCACUAUUAGUACGAUAUUCCCAACUUGCAGUUGUGCUGUAAGCAGUCCUCCACUUAUUUAUCAGGUUAAAGGGUUUUCAGUUUAUAACCACUGUAUCAAGAGUAAAAACAGUUUAUUUUUUUCUUCAUCUUCCAACCUGAGAGCUGGUGAGCAGCUCGCCGUGCUGUUGGUUGAUGUGUCGGUACAGAUGGGAGUUAAACAGGUAAGAUGCGAGAUCUCUUCGUGGGCCGGUGACCUCGGAGUACGUCUCCUUGUAACGUUGGGCUGAACUCGUGUAGUGUUCACUCGUCCAGCCUUGAAGAUGCGCAAGCGGCCUCUCUUCCGUUUAAAGAAUGUCUGCAAGAGAACAUUGUCGCACGAUCCAUUUUUAUUUGUAUGAUACCGUUUUUUUAAUUUCAUGCUUUAAUCUUCUAAAAAUGUUUGAUUUUAAAUGUCGAGUUCUUUUUUUUUUGUACUGUUUUUCAACUAGCUGAUACUUUGAAAAGGGGGUGGGUUGUUUUGAUGAGUCAGUAUAUUUUGGAUUUUUUUUUCUUUAUUUUGUAUUUGUUAUUUAAUUUAAAUCCUCAGUUUUGAUCUCCAAAAUGGUAACGAAUGACGAAAAAGGAGAGUCUUUAUAGAAGCCGUAAAGACGAGGCUUUUUGUGAUUCCCCCUGGUCAGAGUUUUGGCUCAGGUACUUUUUUCAAUAAAGAGAUCACCUCUAAAAAGAUACCUAUCAGAUAUUUUGAAUUUAACUAUAUUUUCACCAAAAGAGACUGUUAUGUUGUAAACUUAUAACAUGUCUGAAACUAUUGUGUAUAUAAGUCUUUAAAUUGUUGAAUAAUGUGAAAGAAAUUAGCAGAGGAUGCAUUUACUUUAUAGCAGAAUGAUAAUAGGAGUGCUUUAUUUCAUUGGAAGUUAGUCUGCAUCUUUUGCUAAUUAGGAUGUGUACAGUCAGCAUCGAACACUACUGUUGGAUAAAAAAAAAAAGUUUAGUAGUUUUACAGUGGGGGUGCAUGCAAUUUUAAACCCUACUUUUUCUUAUUGGCAUCAGACAUUGUGACAACUUUUAGUCUUUCCAUAACUUAGGUAAUGGUUCAUGGGGUGGAUAUUACGAAGCUCACCUCCAGAGGCUGUGUGGCUCUUUGUCAUUUCAGACUGUAAUCACUCCAUUCCUACAGAAAUGUUUUUCGCCAUCCAGUCAGAGAUACUUGAAUUUUCCAUCUUGAGUUUGUUUGUAUUGCAUUUUGCUUUUUUUCCCAGGGUCUAGCUGAGUUUCUUGAAUGAACAUGAGUGAAUGUGAUGAUACUCUAUACUGUAGAGGAGAUUACCACGGCACACCGCUAUCUCAAAAAUUAUAUUGAUAACUUAAAGACAUCUAUUUAACCAAUGAUUUUUUUUUUCUGUUAGCUUCAUUGUAACGGUCUUGUCUGCUGUCACCGUGCUGUGAGGAAAAAAGACAGCCUAGAAAACGAUUGUGUAAAUGCAGUCACAACAGCAUCUGUGUGGGGGACGAGACACCUUCACCCAGUGGGCAGUAGAUCAGAAGAGAUUUGAAAAAAAAAAAAACACAUUUGAGUGGAAAUGUUACAAGAGUUUGGAUGUGACAUGUUUUUAUUAUUUUUUUUUCUUAUAGGUUUUUAUUUUCCUUUUCAAUGUGGUUUGAGCUCUUAGCUUGCAGGUUGUUGUGAGUGAUCAACACUAAUGAGGGUGUGUUAUUUAUAUUUGAAAUUUUGUUCUGGGAUGUGCAAGCUCCAUGUUAUAGGUGCCUGUUCAUUUUCAUAAUCAAUAAUAAAAGCAAAGAUUCACUUUUAUUCAA